AUGGCUGCCGCUCAGAAAUCUGCUCCUCCUCAUGCCCACGUGGCCCAAUUACUCUUUGAGGAAAAGCUGAGCAUGGCUUUUGAUCGCCUAUGGGACAAAUUGGGCUGGCCUGAACCAUCACACACAAAAGCCUAUACAGACCCUGGCCCCUGGCACUAUACCAGUCCAAAUGCGGCAACCAUGGAGUGGGAGACCGAAGCGGAUCCAUCAGGGGUCAUAACUUCACACACAAAUCACAUCCUCAGCAGGCGCUCGGCCCACAUAAGAGGCUGCCAGCUGGGAGAGGAUCGGGACCAUGUGUUCUGGUUGCUGGAUUGGACUGGGACUGUGGGUCUGGUGUUCUAG